AUGGCGGUGUCGCGCACCGUUCUCGACGACAACGAGUAUGCCAACCGGUUUGGCCGCCUCGACGGAGCUAUCAAGGACCUAGCGUUCGCGGUCCGGAAGGAUUGGAAGUCUCUGCCCGGCUGGCUGAGCGGAUUCGUCAACGAGGAUGCCGCCGCCGUCGGCACCAAGGAGAUGACCGCCAUUGGUCGCGCCUUCAUGAGCCGCUGGUUGGCCGAUGAAGUAUUCGGGCGGUAUUUCCAUCCGGUGCUGGAUCCGUCGUUCAGCCGUCAGUUGAAGGAAAUUGAGCUCAACCUGCGCCGGCAGCAGGGCAAAACCGCCACGGAGGAGGAUAAAGAGAAUGCCAUUGCUCGCAUCUCCAACUGGCGCCGCACUACCUUGGACGGGCUCGAGGACGCGCUGAUCGGCCCGACCGCCGACGAACACCGCGUCCAGCUUAUUGACCAUCUGGUGAAAGGCCUGUUCAAGGCGCUCACCGAUCACCUGCAGAGUCCCCCGCCGCCGGGUAUCGAGAACGGCGCUCGCAUGAUCGUGGAAAACGCGAUCGGGAUUGCGGAGAAAAUUCCUCUCGAGUCGCGCGAUCUCUGCGUGGACUACCUCCUUCCGGGCACCGUCUUGCACGAACCUACGAUGAAGGUCGAGACCGGUAUUCCUCCUUUGACCAAUGCCGCCCCGCCUGAAUCUACAGCCACCCGCGGUUCCGACGAUCAGGACCGUCCGGCGGACCAUCCUGGUGCCGAGGACCUCGACGUCGACCGCGACUCUUCGUCGGGCUCAACCAACCCCGAGGGCGCCACGCCGGGACGUGAGCAGCGCGUCCGCUCCGUGUUCAGCAGCCUGAUGGGGCGCAAACCACAGCAGCAGCAACAGCAACAAGGCGGUGGUCCACCGAUCGCCCCGGGCCCUGGCGGCAACGGGGACUCGGCGGUCCGUCCGACGACCGCCGGUGCCGACGACCGUGCGGGUGGUGGCGUGGUCCCUCAAGUCCCUCAGCCUCGUAUUCGCCUUUCGACCUUCAUCACAGCCGACGUGAGGGGACGGGGACCGGUCAAUGUGCUCGUCAAGGCGCCUGUAUAUUUGAUGGAAUGA